AUGGAACGUGAAAUUGUUCCCUACUUUGAUGGAAUGCAACAAGGGCAGGGGUACAACACGUACCUUCAGAGCCUUCGCGUUGCAAAUGCUGUGACUAUCACGGCUGAGAAACCACUUCCUCCUAGCUACGAUAUUACCUACCAAAGCGAAGAGGUUACGGAAUACAAGAAGCUCGCCCAGUCCCUGGAGAUUACCGCUGGAGCAGCUAUCUCGGGCUGGGGCCAGGAAGGCAAGGUUGAUUCAAGCUACCUCAACCGAUCCGAGUAUGAAAGUAGUACCAUUACCUACCAAGUCGAAGUUUCGUCCCGUCAGCAAGGUUCAAUCGGCAACGAGUAUUCCUUCAACAAGUAUACUGGCGACAAUCUGAAUGACCUCUAUGGAGACCGCUUCAUUGCAGAUUUCAUCAAAGGUGGUAAAUACCUUGCCCGUGUUUCCAUUUCUACGUCAACCCAGGCGUCCAAGCAGGAGAUCAAGCAGUCAGCCGAGAUUGCUUUCAAGAUGUACGGAACCACCGGGAAAGUGACGGAAGAAGUCAAGCAAGCUGUUGAAUCACUCCGGAAGAACGCUCGUGUCAAAGUCUGGACUCAUAUCUCUGGGGGCGGAGGCAGCAGUGAUGUAGUCGAGACUUUUGCUACAGAGGAUCCCGACAGUGGCUCCCAGCUCCUUGCAAUCAAGAAGGAGGCCGAUGAGUUCUACAAGGAGCUAAAGGAUGGAAAGCAUCGAUACAGACGCUUUGCGGUGCUAUGGCCGUACACCAAUGUCUCAAAUUUCGAUAACACCUUCAAACCAUUUGACUACUCCACUGCGAGUAGAAAGAGUUGGGAUCUCUUCGACGAGUACACUCAAUACGGUGUUUUCAUUGACGGUGCUAAGAAAGUGCCGUCCAAUAAAUUCAAAAAUGGAAAAACUGAACAGCUAGCCCUUGUACGAAAAGGAUUUGAUGUAACUGAGGCAAUCUAUGAAAAGGUCAAAGCAAUCAGCAAGAAUCCAAGUGAGGUGGAAAAACCAAUCCAGUAUGAUCAGCCAUGGGUGUAUCAAGCUUCUAUCAUCGUAAGUCCGAAACCGGUCUUCCAAGGUAACUUCCAAUGCUCACCAGAUGAAAAGAAAAGCAUCAAGACAGUGACGAUGAUUGCCCAAUCAAGACCCCGUGAAAACGGUAGCCCCACUGAUAUUGCAUCCCCAACCCUCGAACGCGGAGCACAAAAGCUGUUCGAGUUCAAGGCAUUUGACUUUGGUGAUGUCUGGGGAAGUUCGGUUGUAUCUUUUGGAAAAAAGGACUCAUCAUUCAUUUGCCUCGACGGCUUGCGCGCGUCGGACUAUGGGUAUAAGGAAGAGAGUGUUUUUUGGGUAUUUCACGACGAGCUCAAGGACGUGGGAGAUCAGAAAGUCAUCGUUUCGAAGCUUCAAUCAGCAGAUGUCAUUCAACUAAGUCGCGAUAGCGCAGGGCCCAGACGUCUCUUCCAAUUCUAUGCUGGCAAGGCCUAG